AUUCUUGAUUCUGCCUCUCUUGUCUCGCCCCGUGAUCGAUUCCCUCGUUCUGAUGAUGCUUCUUGAUUUCGAUUGGAACCGUAUCGAUCGAGGUUAGGGGAUGUUCUUGUCGUUGCGUGUCGGAGUUUGUUCUUUUGGUAGCUCCGUAGGGGAGUCACGCUUCGUUGGUGGUUUUCUUCUUGCUCGAUGGUGAAGAUUUGUGUACUUCGUGUCAUUCUUUAGUUGGCAUCCCCGAGUUCUUCUCCUUGUUCCGUCCCGUGCUCUUAUGAUGCUUCUUGAUUUCGAUUGGAACCAUAUCGAUCGAGGUUAGGGGAUGUUCUCAUCGUUGCGUGUCGUUGGAGUAAAAGGUUUUCUCGGGUCGCCGGAGUUUGUUCUUUUGUUAGCUUCGUGGGGGGUUGUUACAUCGGAGUCACGCUUGGUUGUUGGUUUUCUUCCUGCUCGAUGGUGAAGAUUUGUGUGCUUCUUGUGAUUCUUUUAGUUGGCAUCCCCGAGUUCUUCUCCUUGUUCGCCUCUUCCAGUUCUUGCUUCUGUUCCUCUGUCUCGUCUCAUGAUCGGACCCCUCUUUCUGAUGAUGCUACUUGAUAUCGAUUAGAACCAUCUGGUUUGUUAUCGGUCGAGGGUCGAGGGUCGAGGGUUGGUCUACUCUCAUCUUUGCGUGUCGUUCAGAUUUGAAUCAUAAGAAGGAUGUCUCUAACAAGUGCGACUGUGCCUGCUCUCGCCACCUCAACGAAGAGCCUUCAAGGGACAUCAGGUCGAAGGGUCCAGCUUCCAUACUCUGAUCUCUCAUUGCCCUGCACUAAAUAUCAGCCAUUUCAACAUGCGCAAACUAAAUUGGGAGCUCGGCGACUACGUUCUGGCACACUGAUAUGUGCUGCAGCCUUGUGCAUUCUCCUGCAGAGCGCAAGAUGUGCAGCGGAGCAAACCCAGACAGUCACACGCCAAUCAUCUACGAUAACGAUUGCUCCCAUCCAAGGGAAGGAGAAAUCACCAGAGCUUGACGAUGGAGGGACAGGAUUUCCACCUCGGGAUGAUGAUGGUGGUGGCGGUGGAGGUGGUGGAGGAGGGGGGCACUGGUCGGGUGGUUUCUUCUUCUUUGGCUUGCUUGCCUUUUUAGGUCUUAUGAAGGAUCAAGAAAGCGAGGGGCCCUAUCAGAAUAACAAACGAAGAUAUUGAUUCUCUCCCAGUUUGGUCUAUUGAUGUAAUCCAACACGUCGAGGAUGAGGAUGAAGAUUGUCACGGUGAAAGAUUCAUCAUCACUCGAGCUGUUAAUGUUGAGCGCAACCAUUAAACCAGCUAUAUAUGAAUGACAAGAAUAGGUUGAAUUUCUAAUCCAAUUUGAGCUUAAUCUGUUAUGAUCUAA